AUGGCUUCGGAAACGAGAACGUCGAUCAUGGCUCAUCCGAAAGUGGAUGGGAAGAAAGACGGGCAAGAUGAAAUGGAGAUUGACAACAAUCAACACGUGUCCAAGACGGGAAGCGAUAGCGAUGGGGAAUAUCACGGUUAGAGUUCAAAUGACACAAAUGAUGUACUUAGGGAAAUCUGCUCUUAUCCAGGAAACGCCGUGGUACGGAAAUAAUCGCUGUUUCUGACAUUUUACCAACAGAACCCGGUAUGCGAGUCGGAGAAGAAUACCAAGCCGUCAUUCCCGACCUUGUUUCAGAUAGUAAGUUGCAAAUUAAACCAAUAGGCUCUGUUAUGAUUAAUUAUCUUAGUCCUUUCCUGAAAAUAGGCAUCGGUAAUUAUUUCACCUUGCAGUUUGUGGCGAAUUUCUUACCUUAAGGGUCGAAUAAUUGGCUUACGUACAACGAGCUCGAGUAUUUCAAUUACCGGCCGGCGAGCGACGCGCGCAUAAAUAUCCUACAUUAACUUUCCUUUCAAGCCUCGCUAUGGAAAAUCAUUUUAUAUCGCAGCUGCUUUUAAAAAAUUGUAUUUUAAAUCAAGGCAGGUUUCGUGUCUUUGCGGUUCUUAAAGUUGUAAAUUUCGAGCUUCUUGGCUUUUAUGUUGUGUAACUUUAAAGCCGUUCAUUUUUCCGAUGUCAGUUUCGCUGUCUUAGAAGCCAAGACAUGUCAUACACUUCUAAACGCACUUACAUUUCUGUAGUAGUUCCAAAGUAAGAAUUUUUUGGUGAAAACGCUGAAGUCAAGUUGCAAUUGUUGGUUGACAAUAAGUGGAUGGAAGGGAUGAGAGUUCUGGGAAAAUAUUUUUGAAUGACCUGAUGGGGCCUCUUGGGGGCCAGGCGAAGUGGGGGGGGGGGGCAGGGGGGUGGUUAAGAUGCCUCUGACCUGUCAUUUCAUUGUAACCCAUCUUUGUGUUUUUUGUUGUUAUUUCCUCUGUCUUUUGUCGCUUCUUCAAGGCCGUAAGCCUUGCUGGAAUUCUACCCUAGCAGGACAUCUCUGGUGAUAAUAGUAACGAUAAUGAUUUUAUUAUCAUUUACUUUCAUAUUCAAUUUUAUGAUAAAAAAUCCUCAGUGUAAUGUUAUGAGUAUCUAGAUAACUAGUCUUUGGUCACUUACACUGUGUGAAACACAAGUACCAGUCCUCAAAUUUCAUAUUAGUAACGUAUGAAAGUAGUCCAAAAGGUGCCAAAAUGUAUGUCUGAUGCGUUGGAGGGAAUUCAAAAGCGCGCCCUUAGGAUAAUUCUUCCAAAUGUACAUUAUGAUGAGGCAUUGAUAUUAAGUGGCCUGCCGUUUUUAGAAGACCGUAGGGCUGCUGCUUGCGAAUCAUUUAUACGUAAUUUAAAACUAUCCAACUCUGUGUUUGGCCUUGCCAUGAGUGGAAGGUAACUACCAUUCACUCGUACUCGUUACGAAGCUGCCGGAACUAUAAUAACAAAAUUUGUAAGACAAAAAGAUUGUUAGAAUUUGUAUCUGUGAAGUAUUUAGAUUUUUUGUCAUAAGUUAAAUGUUAAUUAUGUGUAAUUUGCACACAAUCCUGUUAUCCAGCUCUUAGCUGCAAGGGGUUCUGAAUAAACAACUCUAUUCUAUUAUUCAUGGAUCUUUUGUUUCUCUUUUAUUCAGACAAAGAAGAGGCCAAGCAUGACCCAAACCUUCGGCACAAUGCACUUCUUGUUUGGGCACCUGUAGAGGAAAUCCCAAAUUCAAAAUGU